UCCCAGAUCGGCGACUAUCAGGUGACCAGUCCGCGGCACCGUAAGUUGGCCAGAAUAUGGACCUCAAUCGGAGAAAAAGGUGACAUCUCUUCCCGACUCGCGUUACUGCGAACAUGCUCCAUUGAGAACUUCAACAACCCCCGAAAUAGAAAUCUCAAACCUCUGUUCAAGGAAGCCAACAAAACCCAGAAGCCAUGGCAAAGCUGCCAAUCUACCUCGUUACGUACGACCGCGGGACCUACGAUCUCACGGGUCAAACCAGACCCUACCACUGGUCGUACUUCAUCCAACUCCCCGGCAGCAGCACCGGGCAACAAAGGCCAGGCAUCGCCCACCAACUCCGCGGCAUGCCCGGCUCCUUCCACUACCCAGGCCCGGAAGCCCUGGACCUAUCCAAGACCCUCCCGGCUCCAAACCAAGAACUCGAAAUCGGCGAAAUUGACGCCGACGAGCUUGACCGCGUGCAUGAGAUUCUAGCUAUGGUGAGCAUCGAUCUGGGUGAAUCGACGAAAUGGAAUUGUCAGAAUUGGAGCCUGGAGGGACUGGAAAGGAUGAAAAGAGUAGAAGGAGGAGGAAUUGGUGUGUAUUCACAUCUGGAUGCGAAGAUUGUUAGGGAUUGGUUGAAAGAGAGAUAGCGACUUCUUUUGUUUGAUUUUGAAUGCAAAGCAUAUAUUCUUUUAUAUUUCAUUUUUUGUUUUGAGAUUUCUAGAUUUCCAAGACGAGAAGCAAUCUGAUCAAAGUGACGGCUGA